AUGCUUCCCCUAAAUUUCUCAUUUUUGUAUGACAAACCUUUCUUCGAUAACUUUUCAAUUGUCAAUAUCAAUUAAUCUUUAAUAGUUUAGGAGUAUUUAGGCAAAAAGCAUUCUAUUAUUGCCUUAUUCUUUAAGGAUAAUGCCACAGCCAUGUAAAUAUUUGAGGAAAAUUCAUAGCUGAAGAUAUGGAAUAGAGAUUGUAAUUUAUUUAAUUAAUCUUAGUCAUAAGAGUUUUCAAAUGA